ACAAAAAAUACACAGAAAAAAACUUAAAACUCCAUCAAAAUGCCGAAAAUAUUUUUAAUUAAAAAUCGUUUGCAUCAACAACAAUUACGAUUGUUGGAAGCACAAAAUUUACUCUCACACAAGGACGACGAUAGAUUAGUUCCACCGUUAAGUCCAACAUCACCGCAGAAAAAAUCAAAUUCAUCAAAUUUAUUUGGUCCUUCGUCGAAUGGAUUUAAUCGAUAUGAAAGUGAUUCGAAUACAACAAGUAAUAAUGAACCAUUGUCGUUGGUGGCGAGGAAGCGAUUUAAUCGUCGUGAUGACGAUGAACAAGUUCGUGAUAUCUUCCACGAAGACAAUCGCUUGGCUCCACCAUCAUCCCCCGAGCCAACAAAAUUACCAUCACCCCUACAUCAUACCACUUACACCAAAAAUAUUCGCUCGUCAUUAGAAUCGACGACACCCACUCCAUCUACUUCCCUGCCAACAACCAGUGCGAAUAGCCGAACUGCCGACGAUAAAAGUCCACCUUCACCAACACCAGCGCCACCUUCCGAAGAGAGUAUUUCAUCGCCACCGCCUCGACCAAGACGUUUUUUCUCCUCAAUACUUGGCGGUGAUCAUCCUUAUGGCAGUCGUGGUCAUGUUCUGACACAAGCCCAACGCAAAGAAUAUCCCACCGAGGUUGUUGUAGCUGCCGUUCCGCCAAUUGCAUCCUGCGAAGACGACGAACCUGUCUCCGAAACUGACUCUGACACAGAAGAUCACAAGUUAAUUGUUGAUGAGAAACCAGUCAUUCCCGAGGAGAAACCUCUUAGCUUGAGAACGACAAAAACACCGCCACCAGCGGAAACACGUCCAAGCCCACCGCCACCUCCCGAACCGGCAGUAAGGUGUUCGGUUAUCCAAAGAACACCCAAACCCAGAGAUUCACACGAUACCCGCCUUCCAUUAGCUCUGUCACUGGCUCAUUUGGGUCCAGAACAAGAUCAGCCCAUUGAUUAUCACGUUCCAAAGCGAAGAAGCGAAUUCGAAGACGAAGAGAAGGCGGCCGAACGUGAGCGACGCAUUCGGGAGGCUAGACGACGAAGUGCGAUUUUGGCAGCGAGAGCGGUGCUCGCCCAUCCACGACUUGCUAAACUGAGCGGCAUUCUAGCUGCAGCAGCAGGUCACGGCCGAUCUUCAAAUAACGGUUCAGCCGGUAACUCUGGUCAAAAUUCCGCAGGCGGUCACCAAAACGGAGGAGCAGCUGGUCUGAACUUUAGUGUUGGUGGUCAAUUUGGCAGCGGUAGCGGCAAUAGUGCGGCAAAUAGCGGUAGCCUAGGCAGCGGCACAGGUGGCGGAGGAGGUGGUAUGGGAGGAGGACGUGACGGACGAUCUAAUUACGGUCCAAAUAGUCCACCCUCAGGUUCACUUCCACCUUUCUACGAGAGUCUAAAGGCUCAAGGCCUUGGCAACAAUAUGAAUUCCUUUAACGCGGCGAAUAGUAAUUUUCUGAUACAAAAUGCUGCCGCCUAUUUAAUGGGCGGCGGUGGGAGUGGUGAUGGUAUAGGCGGGGCCGGGGGAAGUGGCCAAGGGAACUCACCCGACAUGACACACCUUGGGUCAACGGCGGCAUUCGCCAAUGGUCUCGCUUACGGUAUUAUCCUGAAGGACGAGCCCGACAUUGAGUAUGAUCAGAAAAUUGAUAUUAGCAAUUUUACUCAACAAGGACUUUUGCAUAAUGGGAACAACAAUCAAAAUUGCUAUGGCAAUGGCCAUGGAAAUGGAGGAAACAACGGUGGAUACGAUGUUAAUGACUCCAUGAUGUCCGAAGUGGUUGAUCCACUUCAGUUCACAGCGACGCUAACGUUUUCGUCAUCGGGCGAUCACAUCUUGGAUACCCUUUCAGAUGCUGUAGAUUUGAGUUCAUUUCUACAGCGCCUGCCCAGUGACGAUUCUCCAAGUCCGGGUCAGGAGUUGGAGUUGGCUUCGACGCCUUCCCUCACUCCUGAUUCGAUUAUUCAAACCGAUGGCGUUAAUUGCAUGGAUGCGUUCCAUGAAAAUCUUAUGACUCACAUAACAAAUACACCGGGACCGAAUAGUUCUCGUGGGGGUGGUGGGAAUUGCUUUGACACUUCAAGAUUCCACCUGCAAAAUAGCAAGUUGUAUCAAGAGUCAACACCACCGCCAAGUUAUCAGCAAGCCCACAUGCAUCUGCAACAGCAGCACCAUCAUCAGCAGCAACAGCAACAGCAUCAUCAUUUCUCAAACCAGCAACAACAGCAGCAGCAACAGCAUAGCUCUCACCCUCAUCACCAUCAUCAUCAUCCGCAUGUACAACACCAGCAGCAGCAACAACAGCAACAGCAGCAUUCUCAUCAUCACAACAACCAUCAUCAGGGAAUGCUGUCCCAUGCUUUAAACAACAGCAACUACCAUCACAUGGGCAGUGACAAUAGCAAUCUGUCGCUGCCAUCGCCUUCGUCGAGCAGUAGUCACCAGAUGUCGAAUGCGUCGACUGGUACUUUGGAUCCAGUCGAUGCCAAGCCCAUCAUCCAAAGUGUAAGUCCAAGAUCUCAGUUCAAGAGGCAGGCUCCACAGUCACAACAAUUCACACACCAACAACGUCUAGGAAUCGAAACAAAUGGUACAGUGUUGGCGAGUGGUGGUGUUACAGAAUUUUGUGGCACCCCCACUUUAUCGCCGCACAUACCACCGCUGGAUGAUACCAAAUUUCAUAUAAUACAGCAAACGUUGGGACUACCGCCUGAGGUGCAAUUGGAAUUCGUGAACGGUGGUCAUGGCAUCAAAAAUCCCCUAGCCAUCGAGAACAACCAUGGUCAUCGCAUACGCGAAGAUGAAAAGAAUAAAGUUGCUGUUGCUCCUGUCUGUGAGGAUGAUCCAUCGAAAUUUAUCUGCCGCAUUUGUUCAAAGACAUUCACCUUGCAAAGACUGCUGAAUCGUCAUAUGAAAUGUCAUUCGGAAAUCAAGAGAUACUUGUGCACGUUUUGCGGCAAAGGCUUCAAUGAUACUUUCGAUUUGAAGCGUCACACCCGAACCCACACCGGUGUCCGUCCAUACAAGUGCAAUUUGUGCGAAAAGAGCUUCACCCAAAGGUGUUCACUCGAAUCUCACUGCCUUAAAGUGCACAGCGUGCAACAUCAAUACGCUUAUAAGGAGCGUAGAGCUAAGAUGUACGUGUGCGAAGAAUGUGGUCACACAACCUGUGAACCAGAAGUUCAUUAUCUUCACCUCAAAGAAAAUCAUCCCUAUUCACCGGCAUUGCUCAAGUUCUAUGAUAAGCGUCAUUUUAAGUUUACAAAUUCGCAAUUUGCGAAUAACUUGCUAGGCCAAUUGCCAAUGCCGGUUCAUAAUUAAGUCAGAAAUAAUUUUUUAAAAACUAACUGAAAAAGUGAAUUCUGUUUUCUUCGUUUGUAUUAUGAAUUUUUCUUCUUAAUUAUUUUUUGUUGAUUUUUUUUUUUAUACAUUGAAUUUCUAUUUUUUAUUUUUAUGAAGUUUUUGUUUUUUAUUUUUAUUAUUUUUAUUAUUAUUUACAUACAAAGAAUUUUGUUAUUUUUAAGAAGAAAAACAAAAAAAUUAAAUAAAUUAUCAAACGAAAAAUCUCAAACAUUUAAGAUUGAGAGUUCUUUUCGUUUCUUUCUGAGCAAGCUUUUAUCUUAAAAAACAAAAUAAAACUCGGCUUCACUGCCCAUAAAUGAAAGCAUCUUAUCAUUCCAAAUGUAUAUUUUAGGUUAUAAGUUACAAACAAAAUAUAUUUAAGUUUAAUUAAAAUAAAAUAAAUAAUCACAAACUGUACUGAUAUUGAAUCUCUUAAUUUUUAAUUUAAGAAUAAAAUUUAAUAAUGUA